AUGGCUAUCCUUUUUCUUCUUCUUCUCCAACUUCCCCUUUUCGUUGUCGUUGCUCAAACCAACGGCAAAAUAAAUGUUGGAACUUCUCUGACUGCAGGAAGCAAUAAUUCUUUAUGGCUUUCACCUUCGGAAGAUUUUGCAUUUGGAUUCCACGAGCUUGACAAUGAUGCCUUCAUACUUGCCAUUUGGUAUUACAAACUAUCCGGCCAAUUCACCACAGUUUGGUAUGCAAAUGGAGGUAAACCUGCUCCAACGAUUUCUAAACUGGAGCUAACUUCUGACAGUGCUCUCGUGCUCAAAAACGGUGCUCAAACAUUAUGGAGCUCUGGAAAAACAAGUUCUGCUGAAGUAGCCUAUGCUGUGAUGAAUGAUACAGAUGGUUAUUCUUUGUUCAAUCAAGCUGAUGCAUAUAGUGGCUGCAGACCAAAUUUCUUACUGGGUUGUGAUAAUAGUUCAGGAAAAAUCUACCAGGAGAACUACUUCAUGCAGGAGAAAUCAAAUGUUAAUUUUCUAUUUUCGGAUUACGACGCGCUUAGCUCUAGUAGUAGGGAGAGCUGCAAAAAUGCUUGUUUACAUGAUUGUUUAUGUGCAGGAGUGACUUUUAGUCCCGGUACCAAGAUUUGUUGGAAGAAGAGGCCUCCACUUACCAAUGGACAAGUUGAAGGAAAUGGAGAUGCCAUAAGUUAUAUAAAAACAGCUAAUAAUUCGUCGCCUGCAAUCCCACUUCCUCCUCCAAAAGUCCUAGCAAAGGACCAGAAUACAUUGGUUAUUGUGGUGUUGUCUGUACUCUUAGGCAGCUCUGUGCUGGUCAUACUUGUGGGAGCUGCAUUCAUGGGUUUCUUUUGGUUCUUCAAUAAGAAGCUCCCUGGAGUUAAAAUUUCUCCAAAUGAAACUUCUUUCGAAAGCAGAUUGCGGCAAUUUUCCUACAAGGAGCUGACAGAAGCCACAAAUGGAUUUAAGGAAGAGCUAGGUAGAGGAUCUUGUGGGAUGGUUUACAAAGGCAAAAUGAGAUCAACUGGUCUGAUUGCUGUCAAGAUGUUAGAUAGAGUUUUCGAAGACAACUACAAAGAAUUCAAAGCAGAAGUUAACAUCAUAGACCAAACACAUCAAAAGAAUCUUGUCCGCUUAGUUGGUUAUUGUGAUGAGAAACAACACAGGUUACUGGUGUAUGAGUUCUUGAGAAAUGGUACUUUAGUAAGAUUUCUAUUUGGAGAUCUAAAACCUAGUUGGAAGCAGAGGACAAAAGUUGCAUUUGGGAUUGCGAGAGGACUUGUUUACUUGCACGAAGACUGCAGCACGCAGAUCAUUCACUGCAACGUAAAGCCUCAAAACAUACUUUUGGAUGAGUAUUACAAUACUCGGAUUUCUGACUUUGGAUUGGCAAAGCUUUUGCUUAUCAACCAAAGCCAUACAAAAACAAACAUCAGAGGAACAAAAGGGUAUGUUGCCCCUGAUUGGUUCAGGUAUGCACCGGUUUUAGUGAAGGUUGAUUUCUAUAGUUUUGGAGUGGUGCUGCUAGAAAUCAUUUGCUGUAGAAGAAAUGUCUAAGAUAUGGAGGUUAAUGAGGAACAUAAAAGAAUUUUAGCUGAAUAUGCUUUUGACUUCUAUUUGGAAGGGAAGCUGGAUGCUCUGAUUGAAAAUGAGAUGGAGGCCAUGGAUGAUAUGAAGAUGGUUGAGAGGUUUGUGAUGGUUGCCAUUUGGUGCCUCCAAGAAGACCCUAACGUAAGAACCACCAUGAAGAAGGUAUUGCUUAUGCUUGAAGGAAUACUUCAGGUUUCAGCUCCGCCUGCUCCAUUUUCGUUUACUUCCAUAAAAAUUGAGCAUUAA